AAAAAAAAAUGCUUUAGCUCUGAUAUGGCCAGAAUAUAAUUUAUUAAAGUUAGUAAGGUUUAGGCAAAGUAUAGGGCUGGGCUGUUUAGACUGGCAGUGUACACACAACAUGGUGCUCUUCCUCAUGGGUGUGUCCAACACAAAGGGGCUUUCGCUAUUGGUGGAUGUUUCUCUUGGUAACUAGCAUCAGCUGUUACCAACACACAGGACACAUGAGAAUCGGACUUAAUCUGGAUAUCGAUAAACUGCGCUAUAAUACCCGUGAAUAGAGAUGAUAUGGAUUAGCUGAUUUCGAACAUCAUGGAAUGACAUCAUCCUCUCAUAUGGAACUGGGGCUAUGUGAAAAACAGUGUCUGAGAUAUACAAUGGGUAAAGAGGAGAGCCAGAGGUGCCAAGGAGGGAAGCUUGGCUCGGCUGCCGAAGAAGCACUGAAUGAAUAUUUAAUCGCCCUUCAGCACAAAAACAGGAUCUUAAAGAGACUGAAAACUAAAGAGCCAAAGGUGAUUGACCUAGAUUGUCUGGAGCAGGGCUUCUCCAUCUAUCUGAAUGGGGCUAAUGCUAACGCUAGCAAGCAGACCAAGAGACCCAACCAGAAGUCUGUCACCUUGCCACCGCCCGCUCUGAGAGCUACACACACAGCUGAUGCCUCCAGAAGGGGUUCGCAGCUAGCAGAGGAGGAAAUCCACAAUCUGGAGGUGAACAGCAGGAAGAGGAGUCUCACUGCCCUGGGAAAAGUGCAGAGGAGAGAAUGGGUUCAGAACUCGAUCAAUAUUCAGAACAGAACAAGGACCCUGUUUGCGGAUAUCUCCAGAGAGACGGUACUCUGAAGACUUUGAGCCCUACGACAGCAUAGAGAUGGAGCGGUCGAGUCCUCGCUCUCCUCAUAGUCCCCACUCGCGGCGAGAAUCCUGUAAGGUGUCACGUUCGUUUGGCUCCAGGGCUGAUGGCCGAGGAGGUAGCCAGGUGGAGCCUGAACAUCAAAGCGAACGUGUCCUACUCAACAUUAACGAGGUCAAGGUGCUUCGACGGAGCCUGGAGGUGAGCAUGCGGCGGAGCAGCGGCAGCCGGGGGUCGGCGGGAGAGGAGUCAGACGAGGAGUGGGUGGAGGAGCAGAUUGAGAGGGAGGAGAGCACGGAGAGCCUGGAAGAGCUAGGUCUGCCUCUUUCCUCCUCCUCCAACAAAACAUCUACUAACACAAACCAUCCGCGAGCCACUGGGCCCAAAGGCUGCCUUCACGACCCUGCAGACCUUAUAGUGCUGGACUUUGGGCCCUCUCCUAAAGGCCGUAAGAUCGAGCGUUCGCUGUCGGCCAAGAGGAAAGACAACCUGGAGACCUACAUACCCACCAAGCCUCUGCUGGUGAAGAGCAAAACUCUGGACAGGCCCUCUUCAGAAGAGUGCAGGGAUGGCAGAGAUCCUCAACGGCCGUGGAAUCAUGUAGAGCGCCCCCUGUCUGCAGCAAGGAAGGCCUCCCAAGAGGAGCGCGACUCGGAGGAGACGGCUUGCAGGGUGCUCCAGGCCCUGCAGAGAGAGAACAGCCCACUGCAGAGCCCCGAGCCCAGGGCCUUCAGCCGCACCCCGGUGAUGGGAUACCAGAUGAUGAACGGCUCGCUGCGUGACGACGAUGACGACAAAGAUGAAAGUGGGGUGACCAGAGCCAUGCAGAGAGUCAUCCUCAUGGGUCCCAGGCAACAGCAGAGACUACUAAAGGCGUUGGAGAAACUAGAGGCAGGCACAAACUUUGAAAUCCCGCAGACAGUGAAGACGGAUAAUAGCAAACCACCGAGGAGGCGGGUCUCGGUGGAGGCACCACCCACCGUGUACGUCACUAUGGAGAUCCUGAGUAACUGGGGGAACAGGUGCCUGGUGGGGCUGACGGAGAUGCAGUUCUUCGGCCCAGGGAACAGGAAGAUGUACGUGUCGCCUCACGACUUGGACAUCCGGAACGCCGACUCCCCUGGGAACCUCGGAGUGCUAGUCAAUGGGAAUGCUAAGACCACAAAGGAGUGUCAUAUGUGGACCUGUCCUUUCCAUCUCCCGGUUCAACUGUACUUCAUCAUCAGGAACUUGGAGCGCUCUCCGGACUUUGGGAUAUCCCUGAUCAAGAUCUGGAACUACAACAGGAGCCUCAGUGACCUGGACAUUGGUGCCCGGCAUGUGAAUCUUUACCUCAACAGCACUCUGGUGUUUGAAGGUGAGCUGGACAAGGGCUGUGGCAACCAGAUCUUUGAUUACAGCACCAGCAUCGACCUCCAGGCACUCCAAGUCCCAGAAUCCUUCUCUCCCAGCCCAGUGGGGCCCGGCCACAGUCUGCAGGGUGCCAGCCCACAGCGCCAUGACGAGAGCGCGUGGGUGGAAAGCAGAGGGGAGAAUCGAGACCCCAACCACAGACUAUCUGAGGGGCUAGACCAGGUCAGGAUAGACAUGCAGGAUCAAAUCUACAAUCCCCCCUCCCCCACAUCUACAAACUGUCCCCCCCUACAGAGGGACUCCUUUGACAUGGACCCUCCGGACCUGGCCCUCCCCCACCCCCCUCUGAAACAGCAGCUGGAGCAGUCGGGUCAACCCACUGAGUGCACAGUCACCACCCAGCCUUCUUCCUCCAGGAGUCCCCAGUGGCUACAGCCCCUGGCCCGGAGCGCCCCCGAGGGCUGCGAGGCCGGAAGGGAGAGACCCCUCUGGCUAGUGCCCCAGCAGUCUGUGGAGCCCAAACCUCCCCUCCCCCAAUCCACCUCUACCUCGGUGCUCCCGGAGCUGGGCUGUAACCCGGGGAGGGUGUGUCGGGGGGUGGAGAGGACUGGGAACGAGGGCCAAUGGUGUACAGAUUCUCUGGACCUGGGAGGUGACCAGCAGCACCAGGACCGGCCUGUUAGUGGACGUAGGAGCUCAGGCAUGAACAACAACACUAGUAGCAGAAAACCAGCAGAGGAGCACCAGCAUGGAGCCAUUGGACUGACCACAGAGGAGCCAAGUUCAGUGUCAGGCAGCAUCAGCAAGAGGCAGCAUCGUACCCCCCGGGCCACGCUCCACAGCCGGCAGGCCCAGGAUGACAACCUCAUGGAGUCCUGGGACUCCCUCACAAAGUUCAACCAGUGCCAGCGUGGUCGCAUCUCCAACAUGGGCUUCGAGGGCGACAUCUUUGACGCGUUCCUCCAGCGUUCCUCCAGAGCCGCCAGUAUCGCCCCACUCACCUCCGACCCAGCAGGCCCCCCCUACAGCCCCUUCCCCUCUUCAUCCCACCUCUCUUCACCCGCCCCUCAAGGGGGCUUCUGCGAUGACCCGGUGGAUGACCUUUUCGCCGAGCCAGAGUUUGAGAUUCCGGUCCUCCCACGUGGUCAACGUCUGGUCAUUAACAUCCUGUCCACAUGGGGUGACCGCCACUACGUGGGCCUCAACAGUCUGGAAGUCUUCAGCUCCAGCGGUCAGCCCGUCCGGCCCGCCCACAUCCAAGCCGACCCGCCUGAUAUUAACGUGCUACCCGCCUACGGCAAAGACCCGCGCGUGGUCGCCAACCUAAUCGACGGAAUCAACCGCACGCAGGACGACAUGCACCUGUGGCUGGCGCCGUUCACCCAGGGGAUGAGUCAUGUGAUCUACCUUGAGUUCGCUGGGCCAUGUCAGGUAGCCAUGAUAAGAGUGUGGAAUUACAACAAGUCCAGGAUCCACUCGUUCAGGGGGGUGAAGGAGGCUGAGAUGCUGUUGGAUGGGAGGUGCAUCUUCAGGGGAGAGAUCGCCAAGGCGUCAGGGACACUGUCUGGAGGUCUGGACCAGUUCGGGGACACCAUCUUGUUCACCACAGAUGAUGAGAUCCUGGAGGCUAUGUCGCGCUACGACGAGACGUUUUGCGGGGAGGCGGAGGGCUUCGAAGAGCUGGUGGGGUAUGAGGAGGAGCUGCAGAGGCCCCGCACGGCCGACGGAGAGGGGGAGGAACGACCCUUCACCCAGGCUGGCUUCAGACCCGAGGACGACCUUGCUUUAAAACUCCAUCUUAACCCGACUGAUGGUCAGUCUGAGGAGACCCUGGAGCAGAUCCCAGGAAUGUACAACGGAAAGUGCCUUAGGAUAGAGUUGAGCAUGACGUGGGGGGACUCCCACUACCUGGGACUGACAGGGUUAGAGGUGGUGGGGAAGGAGGGGGACAGCCUGCCUCUGGACCUGACCAUGGUGGAUGCCUCGCCACGGGACCUCAACGACCUGCCUGAGUACAGCCAGGAAGCAUGCACCCUCGAUAAACUCAUUGAUGGCCACAACAUCACCACUGAGGAACAGCACAUGUGGCUGAUUCCAUUCUCCUGUGGCCAGCACCACAGCCUAACAGUGAACUUUGACAAGGCCCAGACGGUGGCUGGCCUCCGCAUCUGGAACUACAACAAGACCCCAGAGGACUCCUACAGGGGGGUGAAGGUGAUCCAUGUGUCUCUGGACGAUACGCUCAUCUCUCCUGCAGAGGGCAUCCUCAUCAGGAAGGGACCAGGGAACUGUCACUUUGACUUUGCUCAGGAGAUCCUCUUCAUCGACUUUCUCCAGACCCCCACCACUGGCCUGGUCAACAGCAAGAGUACAGGAGAGGAAUCGGCCUACACACUCAAGGCUGGCUCCAGAAGACAGGAGCAAGCCAGCAUGGACUACGAGGCCCCCAUCAUGCCUUGUGGAUUCAUCUUCCAGCUGCAGCUGCUGACCACCUGGGGUGACCCCUACUACAUUGGCAUGAAUGGCCUGGAGAUCUAUGACCAAAACGACAAGAAGAUACCCCUCAGUGACAACAAUAUCGCUGCGUUCCCAGACAGUGUGAAUGUCCUGGACAGUGUGAAGGGUGACGUGAGGACUCCAGAUAAGCUGGUAGAUGGAGUGAACAACUCUCAUGAUGGCAUACACAUGUGGCUAGCACCGGUACUCCCUGGACUGGUGAAUCGCGUGUAUCUCAUAUUUGACCAACCAGUGACCGUGUCCAUGAUCAAACUGUGGAACUACUCCAAGACACCACAGAGGGGGGUAAAGGAGUUUGGGCUGCUAGUAGAUGACCUCCUGGUGUAUAACGGCAUCUUGGACAGUGUGAGCCAGGUGGCGCAGGGCAUCCUGCCCACCUGUGACCCGGCGGUGCCCUACCACACCAUCCUCUUCACCGACAACGCCCACAUUGCCCACCGUGAAAGGAACACUGUCAUCAGCCCCCGCGGUAGCAGACAUCGCGAUCUGAAACACAAUUAUGUGGAGGACCAAGAUGUGAAGAUGACCAAUGAGAACGAGAUAGUCCAUCACCACAAGAAGAAACAAACAGCUAAUCCAGCGCUUCGGCCUAAAACCUGCAUGACAGACACUGGGAAGCUCGGGAAAAGGAGGUACUGACAGAUGGACUGACAGGCAGAUGAUCGGACAGACGGACGUUGAUGGAGUCCCCCUGGUCAAAUGGAGGGAACAGAAAUGAAAGGAUGACGGUUUACUGAAAAUCUGCACUAAUCCCACUCCGGGGGACUUUUAACACAUAGCCUUGACCAGCUGAAGAGAACCAUUUCCAUUGCCCUCCAUCAGUAAUUACACUGUAGGGAAGUGUUGCCUAGUGACAGCCCUUGUGUGUAAGUUGGGUCUACUUUAGAAGAGGACAGAGCUUGUACAGAACACAUUUUGUUUGUAUCCAUCUGGCCACAGGAUCAGCCUUCCAUUGUCUCAUUGGAUUGGUUUUCUUGCCACUCGUUCUCUCUAGACUCCUACGUUUCAUCAGAUGAAUAGUACCUGUGUAGUAUUACUACAUCACAUAAUACCUGUGUAGUACUACAUCAGAUGAAGAGUACGGUACCUGUGUAAUACUAUGUCAGUACUACAUCACAUGUAUAGAACCUUUUGUUGUUGCACCUGUUUUGAUUGUCCUUUUCACAGUGUCAGGGUGAACCUAUAUAAGGCUGCUAUGUCGGCCAUCUUCGUGCCUAGUUCUAUUACGGCUCCUAUCUGUCGCUGCUUCUUGUGAUGUGGUGCUGCAUUCUCCUGCUGCCACUGAUGCACAGAUACUCAAAUAUGAAUUCAGUGGCAACAAGUACACUCUUGGGAUCUAGAUCCUAUAUUUAUUAAUGAGUUGUAUUCAUGAAAAGCUUAGUGGGCUAUAGAUUUGAUAGCCCCUAGCCUCUAGCCUAGUGGCAUAUUGUGGUCCUUCUGUAGCUCAGUUGGUAGAGCAUGGCGCUUGUAACGCCAGGUUAGUGGGUUCGAUCCCCGGGACCACCCAUACGUAGAAUGUAUGCACACAGUCGCUUUGGAUAAAAGCGUCUGCUAAAUGGCAUAUAUUAUUAUUAUAUUAUAACACAUGGAAAUGUAGUAAUGCACCUGCAAUCUGCACCAACACACAUGAAUGCUAUGCAGUAAACCUGUUAAGGUUUUCUCAUGUCUGUUUUAUCUAGGUGCAUUUGGUGGCAGAUGGGGUUUUAAUACAAAGGGUGGAGAAUAUGACUGUCUUUUCCAUAAAGUAGAAUCAAGCAGAAUAUUGGUCACAUUGAAGCAAUAGGUCUGAUACAGUUGAGCCAUGCAAGACCACUCCAUUUGCCUAAAGGCCCAAUGCAGAUGUUUUAUAUCAAUUUUAAAUCAUUUCUAGGUAACAAUUAAGUACCUUACUGUAAUAGAAUUAUGUUAAAAAAUGGGAAAAAGUCAUUUUUUAGCAAAUAAUUAUUUCUCAAGCAAGAAUGUUCCUAGGACUGUAUGGGAGUGGGUUGAGUAGGGAGGAGGAAACUGAAAGCAAUUAACAAUUAAACAAUUUACCGCAUGGUGAUAUGACCAUGGAAAGCCAAAAAUACCACCCAUGCAGACCUGCUGAUUAGAAGGACCUAUCAGGAAAUAACACCGAUCACAUUUCUUCAUACUUUUACAGUGUUAGUUUCAUCAACUGUUGUACAAUAUGAUAGAAAACACAGGGGAAACUAAUUGUGACUGCACUGGGCCUUUAACACAGAAACAGUACGUACACUUUCUUCUUAGAUGUAUAUUUUACAGCACUGAAUAUAUUCAUCUAUAAUAUUUUGGAUUAAUGAAUAUAUUGGUGAACAUGUGUAUAUAUACACACACACCCACAGUUAUUAGAAAAACUUAUUUGAAAAAUAAGUUACCUUUAUUGAAGUUGUUUUAUGUGAAAAUAUUUUUUGAGACCCAUUUGUUUGCGAAAAUUGUCAAAUAUAAUUAAUACCAAAAGUUUAUUGGAGAUAUAUUACCAAUAUAUACAUUAUUGUGUGAACAUCAUGUUGGCUUUUGGUUGAAAAACACCUAAGAAUAUGUAACCAGAAACAACUGAAUAUUUAAUAUGCAAACACUGAAACCAUACCUCAAAUAGGGAAGAUGUGAUCUUUAAAAGAGAUGGCUAUUUGAUGAAAUCUUGUUUUAUCUUGAAUGUUUGAGUAAAUGUUUGAGUAUAAUCCAGUUGCAGUUUUAUUCCUAUACCCAGUAGUAUUUGUUGCAUGGACAAGUUACCACGGUUGAGCCACAAUAUAGCCUAUUUCUUACUUUAUAUCCUUGUACUGAAUAUGACAGAGGAGUUGCAUUGUUUUUUGAAAUGCUGUUUUAUGUAUUUGAUUUUAAAAUGUCAGUCUACAGGUAAACACACUGCACCUGAGUGAUGAUGGCUAUUACUUGAUGUGUGACAUUCUGUUUUGAAAUAUUUUAUUUUUUUAAUCUUAUUCAAAUACAUGUAUAAUUCAUGUAGGUACAUUUUAAUAAAUUAAAUAAUUGAAAAACCAA